CACGUGACCACACUUGUGCUUGUUGUUUGAGGAGGCGUGUGUGUGUGUGUGUGCGUGUGUGUGAAUGUGAACAGCAGUCCAGUGAGCUUUUGUCGCUGCAGUGAUGAAGAGAAGGUUCUUCCAGAAUGCUAGCAUGCUAGUGGCCGAGCCAUCUGACCUUCCGUGAGGAGGUGCCACAUCUCCGCUGUGCCACUGACCCCGCGGCAUCAUGGGACGGACGCACACCUGAAUGACUCAGGAGACGUCACGUGACGCUUGUAACCAAUCGGUUUCCAUGUUACUCAAUCAUACAUAAGAUGCAAACGUUAGGAUGCCAACCCUGUGUUUUGGGUACACCACUUAAACUUUAGCCAAUAAAUAAUAUAACACUAUUUGGACUGUUUCAUUAUUUGGCACCAGCCUUCUCACUAUUGGACACACCUGUCUCACAAUUUGGCAGCACCUGUCAUUAUUUAACACAUAACCUUCAAGAGUUAACACAGACCGCUUCAGUAUUGGACAAGCCUGUCUCACUGUUUGGCGCCGCCUUUCACACUAUUUGGAACGAGCCGUUUCCUUGUUGGACUCAUCAUAUUUGGACACACCUGAUUCACGACAUGGCACCAGCUAUCUCACCGUUUGGCACACCUGUCUCAGUAUUUGGCAUGUGUGUCUCUGCUUUGUUCAGCACUCAAACAUGCGGCGACACGUGUUGAAGGCGGAACCGGCGGCCGAGAGGAAACUUGAAAAACCAGAGUGUGGGGAGGUGGUGGAUCAGCUGACAGGAAGAGAGCAGGAAGCCAACAGGAAGUGUUCAGAGGUGUGAUGGCGUUAUGAGCAGCCCCAGUCUUCUGCGCGGUCGCCGCUUCUUCUGCCGGGAAUGGGCGCUGGACAAACUCCGGCGCUGCCUGGAUGCCCGCCACACGGCGGGGCAUCCGGCAGGGGUCCUGGUGACGGGUGGCGCGGGCGCCGGUAAGACGGCCCUGUGCACCGAGGUAGUGUGGCCCGACUCCGAGGCCGGGCAGGCGUGCGGGUUGGCGUUACGGUGCCUGGCCUGGCACUUCUGCCGGCGGGAGGAGCCUGCUAGCGGCCUGGCAUGGCGCUUCGUCCUGGCCCUGGCAGAGCAGCUGAGGGCGUCGUCGCUGCUGCCUCCCGAGUACGCCACCAACCUAUGCCGCCGCCCGCCCCCAGAUCUGCUCUGCUGCCAGACAGACCCGCACCUCGCCUUUCAGAGAUAUGUCCUGGAGCCCCUGCUGGACCUGCCCGCACCCCCUCAGACCAUGAUAUUGCUGGUGGACUCUCUAGAUGUGGGCUACCAGGGGACCCCAGGGGGUACCAGAAAGAGCCAGUCCAUCGCAGAGCUACUGGCGGCCCACCAGAAUCUGCUGCCCACCUGGAUCCUCCUAGUCUGCUCGGUCCGGCGCCACAACAAGAGCGUGACCAAGAUGUUCUCAGGUUUUCGUAAACUCUGCCUGGACGACCUGCGUCGGCCGGACCCGGUCCACGAUGUGCAGCGGUACAUCCUGAAGCGUUUGGACCGGGAUGUGGCGCUUCGGCGUCAGAUCACCCCGGACACGGCAGACAUGUUGAAUCUGCUCCACAUCAAGAGCGGUGGCUGCUUCCUGUUCUUGGAGCGAGUCCUGGACGGCGUGGCCACCUCCCUCGUGGGUCUCCGCGAGAUCCGGGACAUUCCGGGGACCCUGAACGGUCUCUACCUAUGGUUGUGCCAAAGACUCUUCCCUCGGAGACUCUUCAGCUACGUCAAGCCUCUCCUUAACGUCAUCUUGGUGGCCCCGGCCCCCCUCACGCCUAAGGAUCUGUUCACGGCACUCUGGACCCACGACAAACUACUCAGCAUCCAGGAGUUCCAGAACAAGCUGCGGACACUGGCGCCUCUCCUGGUGGACGGUCCCGGGGGUAGCAAACAGCUUUUCCACGGCAGCUUUGCCGAGUGGCUAACGGACGUGAAGUACUGUACUCAGAAGUACUUGUGCAGCCAGGCAGAGGGGCACAGCAUGCUGGCCAUGGCUCUGACAUUAAGGGGGCCCUUGCUGAACUCUGAGGAGGUCGUCCAGCUGGGGACGCAUUUAGUCUGCUCCGAUCACCAUCAGGACCAGCCUUGGAUUCUGGCCCUGUGGAUAAUCUGGGCUGACGUACCCGCCCGGACAUGGACCGGCAGCAGCUCCCUGGCCACGAUGGUAACCCACGCGCCUGUCUCGACCCACCAGAAAGUAUUUGAGCUCUUCAAGAUGAGCGGACUUGUUUCUGUUGACCCAAGUCUCGGAGUGCAGUGUACAGGUGGAGUGGCGAACAAUGAACUCUUUAAAGUCUGUGCAUCUGUGAACCGGUUGAGUUCCACAGACGCGCCGACCUUGCUUGUCAGCGCAGCCCUUGAGGGGUCCGUAAACCUGGUCCGUCUGCUCCUGACUCGUGGAUCUGAGCCACUCCUCAGUGACCACCAGGGUCAAACCCCGCUCACUUUAGCCUGCAGACAGGGUCACUUAGACGUGCUGAAGGUUCUGCUGGACUGGGUACGGACCCAGGACAUGCGGACUGCCGCCAGGAUGCUGGAGCAUGCCGACAACGAUGGAUGGACUGCGCUACGGUCUGCGGCCUGGGGGGGGCACAGCGAGGCAGUCAGGCUCCUGCUGGACGCGGGGGCAAACGUGGACGGGUGUGAUGCGGAGGGCCGCACUGCCCUCAGGGCCGCGGCCUGGGGGGGUCACGAGGAGACGGUCCUCAUCCUGCUGGACUACAGGGCUCAAGUGGACAAGGCUGACUGCAAAGGCCGCACCCCCCUGAUUGCUUCCGCCUACAUGGGACACCACGAGGUGGUAGAGGUGCUGCUGGACCACAGGGCCCAAGUGGACUUGGCUGAUGGGGAUGGGCGCACGGCUCUGUCGGUCGCGGCCCUCUGUGUCCCCACAGCAGCUGGACAGCAAGGUUAUGGCGAGGUCGUAUGUCUUUUACUAGACCGAGGUGCUGAUCCAAGACAUAGAGACCAUGACGGAAUGACCCCGCUGCUCCUUGCGGCCUAUGAGGGCCAUGACGACAUGGUUGAGCUUCUGCUGGAUGCUGGCGCCGAUGUAGACGAGACUGCAGGCCCUGUAUGGGACGAGCCCGCUGCGGCAGCGGUGACCCCCCUUCUGGCCGCCGCCGCCAUGGGCCAUAUGAAGGCCGUGUCGCGGCUUCUCUUCUGGGGGGCUGCCGUGGACGCCAUCGACGAUGAAGGCAGGACGGCGCUCAGCCUGGCAGCUGCCCGGGGGAGCGCCGAGGUGGUACGCGCACUCCUAGAACGGGGUCUGGAUGAGAACCACAAGGAUGACCUGGGCUGGACCCCUUUGCAUGCCGCGGCCUGCGAAGGCCACCGGGCGGUCUGCGCUGCGUUAACAGAGAGAGGUAGUACAGCACGGGUCGGCGAGAUGGAUGUUGAAGGUCGUACGGCACUGAUUCUGGCAGCCCAGGAAGGACACGUUGGCGCCGCCCGAUUAUUGCUGGACCGCCGCUCACCCAUUGACCACAGGGCCUAUGACGGACACUCGGCCUUGAGCGCUGCCCUUCUGGAGGGGCACGGCGAGGUGGCUGAGCUCCUGAUGCGACGAGGGGCCGACACAGACGUCCGUGAUGCGGAGGGGCGACCGUUACUCUAUCUCCUGGUGUUGGAGGGGCGGAUCCACAUGGCGAAGCUCCUCAUAGAGAAAGGGGGGGCGCCUCUAGAAUCGCGAGAUUCCGAGGGCCGGACUGCCUUGCAUGUGGCCUCCUGGCAGGGAGAUGUGGACGUGGUGGACUUGCUCUUGAAGCACGGGGCCAACCCCAAUGCUAAGGACACAGAAGGAAGACCGCCCUUGCAUUCUGUGGCCUGGACGGGGAACGGCAAUGUGGGGCGCCGUCUCCUGUCAGUGAGUGCCGUCAAUAUAGACCUCAGUUGCCACCAGGGGGCGACGGCUCUGAGCAUUGCCUCCCAGCAGGGACAUGCUGACGUGGUCUCCAUGCUCCUGGAGUCUGGCGCCAACCCUGACCAUGUGGACAAAUAUGGCCGGAAUCCCAUGAAAGUGGCGGGGAGGCACGGGCAUGCCAGGGUGGUCCAGCUCCUGGAGAGCUAUGGGGCCAAGUCGUACCAGGGUCUGGUGCCCAGAGGCAGCACGGUUUCUCCCACCAACAAGAUGUCCUUGAAUAUUUACAGAGCUGAAACUGUGACCUCCUCAUCCUCACCGUCUUCUGGAGGAUCCACCACGGAGCCUUUUCACUCCACCAACAGCUCCCAGACGUCAUCCACCGGGCGCUCCUUGGCCACCCUGCAGACUGUCCCGGCCGACAACCUCAGCUUCAUCCAGCAGAUCCAGCAGCACUCGUUACCCCGAAGCCGGAGCCGCCCUUCAACCUUGCCCCCACCACCCGGGGGAUUGGGAAGCAACCGUCACCAUCCCCCGAAAGGCAGCCCCUCACCGACCCUUUGCACUGUCACCGCUGUUGUCCACAACUGUGAGUUGCCUCCAAAAACAUUGUCUCGUGGAAUGGACUAUCAGGACAAAAUGAACCUAAAGAACUUGGAGAGAGUAGACGUGGAACUCAGGACUACUAAAACUGCCCAAGGCCCCACGUCUAGUAUACAGGGCCCCCACUACAGAGAAGCUUGGGACCCUCCACCCAAGCACAAUGCUGGACCGCCCUCGGGUGCCUUGGAAGUCUUCAUGCAAACCUCAGACCCCCAGCUCAACCUGAAACAGGCCAUCAAGCUGCAGUUUGAGGGUCCCACCAGAACUUUUUUUUACAAGAGAGAGACCCCCCUGUGACCGCCUCCCCCAAUGCCUCUUCACAUGGACUGGACUAUCGGGACAAAAUGAAUAGACAACUUCGAGAGAGGACUCUGGACUACGCCAUGGUGGGAUGGUCCGACGACAGGUCCCAAGACUCCCCAAAGCUCACCGCCAAGGAUACAGCCCCCCCAAAACACAGGGAAACUUGGGACCCUGCGUUCAAGCAUGACACUGCUGCUCACUUUAGCCCUGUGGCGCCUUCUCAUGCCUUGCAGGCCAUCUCCAUGCAAAUCUUGGACCCACAGCUCAACUUGAAGCCUUUCAAGCUGCAGUUUGAGGGUCCCAUGCUCAUGCUAACAGUAACACUUUUGGUCUGCAAAUGAACACUGGUGUCAGAAAAGUUAAUCUACCUUAAGAAAACAACAAUUACUUGAACACUUAGAUUCUUUUGUGAUACUUGUAGUAGCUUGUGAGCAGGGCUCACACACAUGCACACAUACACACAAAUAGGGCCUUAUUUAUGAAUAUAAUAAUGACAUUUGGGUCCAAGGACGUGUUCAUUAAAAAAAAAAAUUCAUAAGA